AUGUCCGUUCACAACGUGACGUUUUCCUCCGAGCAUGUUUCCGAAGGUCAUCCAGACAAGCUGUGCGACCAAAUCUCCGACGCCGUCCUCGACGCGUGUUUGGCCCAGGACCCCUUUUCCAAGGUCGCCUGCGAGACCUGCGCCAAGACCGGGAUGGUGCUGGUUUUUGGCGAGAUCACCACCAACGCGGUGCUGGACUUUCAGCAGAUCGUGCGCGCGACCGUUCGUGAGAUCGGCUUCGACAACGCGGACAAAGGCCUGGACUACAAGUCCUGCAACGUCUUGGUGGCGAUCGAGCAACAAUCCCCGGAUAUCGCGCAGGGGCUGGGGGAUUUUAACGGGGCGGAUCUGGGCGCCGGUGAUCAAGGGAUGAUGUUCGGCUACGCCACGGACGAGACCGAGACGUUGAUGCCGCUGAGCUACGAGCUGGCGCGGGGCCUGGCGCAGAGGUACAGCGAGCUCCGGCGCAACGGCACGCUGGAGUGGGCCCGGCCGGAUGCCAAAACCCAGGUGACGGUGCAAUACGAGUACGACUCGCGCAAUAACCGACAGCUUUUCACCCCGCAGAGCGUCUCCGUGGUGCUGAUUUCCGCCCAGCACGACGAAUUCGUCAGCACCGAAAAGAUCCACCACGACUUGAUGGAGAAGAUCAUCAAGGACGUGAUUCCCGAGAGGCUUCUGAAUGACCAGACCAAAUAUUGGUUGAAUCCCUCGGGAAGGUUCGUGAUCGGGGGCCCGCACGGUGACGCCGGGCUUACAGGACGAAAGAUCAUUGUCGAUACAUACGGUGGCUGGGGAGCCCACGGCGGCGGGGCAUUCUCCGGGAAGGACCCCUCUAAAGUGGACCGUUCCGCCGCCUACGCUGCGCGUUGGAUCGCGAAGUCGGUGGUCUCCGGCGGUCUAGCGCGGCGCUGCUUGGUACAACUUGCAUAUGCGAUUGGUAUGGCAGAGCCGAUGAGUAUUUUCGUGGAAACGUACGGUACCGGUAAGUAUGACGAUAAGAGGAUACUCGAGAUCGUGGAGAAAAACUUCAAGCUUCGCCCUUAUGAUAUCAUCAAAGCGCUUGAUUUGCGACGCCCAAUAUACCACGAGACGUCUCGUUUUGGUCAUUUUGGUCGUAUGGACACUACUGGGAAUGGAUGCUUCACGUGGGAGAUUCCGAAGAUUAUAAUUGAGUGA